AUAUGUAUACAUCAAUGUCAUCUUGAUCUAUCAAAUUUUCAAGUGAUUGCUGUCAGCUAAUUUAGAUGGGAAUAUAACAUCAACGAAUAGUCAACAUAAAGUUUCUAGUAUGCUCAUAAAAGAAUACCGAAUAUGUAUGCCACUGUCAGUUGACGAGUAUAAAAUUGGCCAGUUGUAUAUGGUAGCGAAACACAGCAGUGAACAAAGUCAGAAAGGAGAGGGGGUGGAGGUGGUGAGAAAUGAAGCAUGUGAACAUGAACAGCAUGGAAAAGGACAAUAUACAGAAAAACGGGUUCACUUAUCUAGUCGAUUGCCUACAUGGCUUCAGUCUUUCAUUCCGAAAAUAUUUUAUGUAACAGAAAAAGCAUGGAACUACUAUCCCUACACAAUAACAGAAUAUACAUGUUCCUUUAUACCAAAAUUCAGUGUGUGUAUUGAAACUAGGUAUGAAGAUAACAAUGGCUCUUCUGACAAUUGUUUGAGUAUGUCGGUAGAAAGUCUUGCACAAAGAACAGUUGAUAUAGUGGAUAUUGUUAAUGAUCCUGUUCCUGAAAAACAUUUUAAGGAAGAAGAGGAUCUGUCCAAAUUCAAAUCAAAGAAAACUUCCAGGGGACCGUUUGACAAAAAAUGGAUGGAGGCAACUGAACCAAUAAUGUGCUCAUAUAAACUGGUGAAAGUAAAAUUUGAAGUUUGGGGUCUGCAGACAAAAGUUGAAUCCUUUACGCAAAAGUCUAUUAGAGAUAUCUUACUCUUGGGACACAAACAAGCUUUUGCAUGGAUUGAUGAAUGGAUUGGAAUGACAGAAGAAGAUGUUAGAGAGUAUGAAAAACAGAUGCAGGAAGAGACAAAUAAACGGGUCUUAGGCUCACGCUCAGGUUCAACAUCAUCACAUUAAACUAAGUGAUAUACUCUCUCUCUAUUUGACACACUGUCUCCACCUACAAUCAAAAACUCAAAUAUAAUAACUCAAUCUUCCUUACGUUAGAAUGACUAAACCUCUUUGAUUUGGUCAAAAAUAAAUUUUUUAAUUUCAUAAGAUUUGAUGGUGAUUUUUUUUAUUCGGAAUGGCAAUCUGUCUUCAUUGAAAAUUUUACAUCAAAAGAUAAAGUCAGCUUUUAUUUUAAGACAGAAAACAGAUUUUAUGUUGGAAUGUCAACAUAUAAGUCAAAAAUGAGUAAAUAGUCUAACUUUCCCUUUUUUUUUUGCUAACUAAUUGUAAUAGGACAUCAGAUCAACAGAACAAACUUUAUUUUAUACUAAAUCAAAGAGUUUUAACUAUUUAAAACUUUUAAACAUAAACCAUUAAAGCAUUUAUCAUGAUUGUUAAGAAUAGUUUUUAAAAACUUUUUGUCCAAAUACAUUUUCAGAGAAUAACAUAUUUUUGAAGAUUGUUACAUUACAAUUGUGAUAAUGAAAUUUGGCCAUCGAGAGAAACGUUGUUUCACAAUUUGUUGAAUUGUUUCAAAGGCAUUUAAACUAUUUUAGAUGGUUUUUUUUAUUCUUUAAUGGUUGACCAUCUUGUCAUCUGACAUAACACAAACUUUUAAUCUUCAAUGACUCCAAUUUUAUUUGCAUUUGAUGACAUUAAGGUACACAUAUAUGUAUUUGUUAGUCCGUAUUCUGUGUAUCACAACCUCUAAAGAUCAGAAAGUAGCACCAUUUCUUAACAUAAAUGUACGUCAGCAUUAUGUGUAGUGUGUAGAGAAUUGUCAAUUUUAGAGAUUUUGCUGUUGCAAUGUUUUGAAUAGUUUUAGAUAAGUAAUUUUUUUUUCCUAUAAAAGGUAUGUAGAAAGUUGAUUCUUCUGAAAGAGACUUAAUGUAAUUCAACAUUUCAUUGUUUGAAAGACAUUUUCAAAAAUUAAGUGUUGAUUAAUACAGAUCUCAGGCCUAAAAAUUGGACGGUUUCUGCUGCAAGAAUCGACUAGGAUUCUCCUUCAACAGUUUAAAAGCAUCAGAGACAUCCUUAAGAUUACUAGUAAAAUUUUGUUUUAUAUUAUAAUAACUAGGCUUAUUCGCUAAGUAUUGCAAUAAUUUAAUGUCUAACAGUAACAAAAAUGAUUUUGCAUUUUUGAAACCUUGGCAUAUUUGAAUCUUAAAUUUUUAGGCCAGGGAUAUUGAGGGAUCAAAAAUGAAAAUGAUGGUAAUGUUUUAUGUGAUAUUUAUCAUGGUAUCAAUCACAUCAACAUCAGACUUGAUUGUUUUGAAAAUUGGCCUCAAGGUAUGUCUUUGAUAUUGAGAGUUACUACUUGUUAAAAUUUUGAAUUGUAAUAUUGUUAUUAGAAUCUUGUUAGGGUCUUGUUUUGGUUACAUUAUCAGAAACUUUCCCAACAUUUGCAAACUUCAUGGCACAUUCCUUCCUUGUUGACAAGUAAUGAGAUGAUUGUAAAUAUAUAAUUAUUGUGAUAAUAGUAUUAUAACACUCAGUGUUCAUCAUACAGUAUACUGUGGUCUAGCUUACACUCUGGUCUAGCUUACACUGUGUUCCAAUUUUACUCCGAAGUCUAAUUUUACUCCGAAGUCUAAUUUGACUGUGAAGUUUAAUUUGACUGUGAAGUCUAAUUUUACACUGAAGUCUGAUUUGACUCUGAAGUCUAAUUUGGUGCCGAAGUCUAGCUAAAUAAUCAGAUCUCUUUGUGUUUCAUCAUUGAAAAGGAUCUAAAUGACCAACAAACGUAAUUUUGUUUCAAAAAUCUGUUUAAAAAAAAAAAGAAUCAACGUCCAAUAUCUUUAUCCAGAUCAGAUUCCUUGUAUUGAGGUUAAACAAGAACACAGUCAGACCACUGACCUAACUCUGAAAUGCAGUGUAAACCUGCCGAAGAUAAAAAUAGUCCCAACAUGAACAAAUUAUCUUAUUAUAGUUGGUAAUGAAAAGUUCAAGUUUUAUAUUAUAUAAUAUUUGACUUUAAGGAUGAUAUGUUCAAAAAAAUAAAACCUUUCUUUUUUUGUUAAAUAGAAAAAAAUAUUCAGAUAGAACUUCAAAAUAUCUUGGGAAUACUGAAAAUAUAUUGUGAUUAAUCUUAAAGUGUUUCUUAAGUAAGUGAAAAAGCUAAGGUGAUUGGAAUUCCACGUCUUCAUUAACUUAACAUAUUUUAGUCUUAUGAACAAUACAUUUUUAAUUUUUUAGUUUGUAAUACCUGUUCUGUCCUAGGCCCCUGUUUAGUAGUAGAUGAGAGGGAAAAUUCACUACAUUUCUCCACUUUCUCAGUAGUGAUGUUGGGUGGCAGAAGGAUCUAUGGCGUGCACUUUAGAUCAUAACGUCUCUGAGUCAUGUGACAUGGUUGCGAUUCUCAGGUUGUACAUGAGAAGCAGUAGCGUCGCAGGCCAGACCUCAUGUUUUUUCGUUGGGUACUCUUGUUUCCUUCCACUGCUACAGAUUCCUACUCGCAACCGAAUUAUUGAAAUGUCCUAUCAAAUAAAGAUUUUGAGAGGGAUGAAUUUUGCUCCAAAGGGGAGCAGGAGAAUAGGAGGAAAGAGAUUCUGACAAAAAUUUAUCCAGGGGCCCUGAGCAGGAGAGGAGGGCCAAAGAGAUUCUGACAAAAAUUUAUCCAGGGGCCCUGAGCAGAUCCGAUAUUUCAGACUAUUCUUGUUAUAUUGAUGUUUUAGGAGUCAGUGAUAUCAAUGUUCUAUCAAUGUUUUUGUAUAUUUGAAUGUUGUCUGUGAUAAGGUUUAUAAAUAUGUUAAUAAUGAGUAGUUGUCAUGAUCUACAAAUAAUGAAAACAAUAAAAAAAAACCAUUCAUUGAAAAUAUUAUGUUGAAUAUCAGACACUUCUACCAAUUAAUCUAUCUUACAUUUACCCUUAAUUGAAAUAUUCUUAUGCUAGACCCAAAACCCUUUAUAUCUAUAUACCAUGAUCUAUUUAUUAUAGGUAUAUAUCCUGACAAUUGAGAGUCUAAAUACGUAACCAUUCAUUGAAAAAUAUAUUCAAACUCUUUUUUUUCCAGUCGUAAGAAAUAUAGUUUUCAGGUUGCAAUCGAUGACAUAAUUAAUGUUGAGGGAAUAUAUAUCUUUAAUACAUUCUUUACUUUUUAGAUCCCCCCAUAUAAAAAAUAAAAUACAAAAAAAAUAUAUAUCUCCCUGUCCUGAUUUGUUAUUAGAAAUGUUAUUCACGAGAUGAAUAUUUUGUGGUAUAUAUAUAUAUGUAUGUAUAGUUGUCUUUUUGAAUCAAUUGUACCAACAUGUCAAUAAAUAGGCCAUAAACUAGCUCAAUUAAAUGGUAGAUCUAUUUUGUAAACUUAUGUGUUUAAUAUAUAAGUAAUAAGUACAGGAGGGAUGUAUAGAUGGAAUGUUGUGACAAGAUAUUUGACAACGAUUCUGAUGAUUGACAAUGAUUGAUGUGCGUCCAUGCAAGUGACAAUAGUAUAAUAAAUAUAUGGUUGUUAUCCUCUGUAUUGUCAAGUAUUAUAAUCAUGUUAUAUUAUUAAAUGUCGUACAUAGAAAAGUGUUAAUAUACCUUUAUCCACUGGCAAGUUGUGAGAAAAUGAAUAUAAGGGCAUAGUAGUGGCGUGCGGAGGUAUGUUUGUGCUUUGUUGCGACGUUAAAUUCUGCAACUCCCUUAGUUAAACGGGGAAAGAAUCUGUGAGCAAAAAUAUAACAGGGCAAUGUUUAUUGCUCCCUGGCGAAAUGUCAAAUUUUGCACCUCCCUUCUCGAAUUUAGUCCGGUGAAGGACAAAUUUAUCAAGGUAGCCAAUAUGAAUUUUGGACUUCCUGUGGGCUGUGCCCGAAGUUGUCACCUACCCUAUCUCUACUCCUCUGUACGCUACUGGUUUAUAGGGUUGUAUUUUAAUAUUUUGUUGAGGUUAUACAACUUGCAAGUGGAAGAAGGUGGUGUUAUAUUUUUAAAUCUUUUAUUCUAGAAUAUAUUAUCUCGUAUAUAUAUUAUUGUUGUUUUUUUUAAAUUUGUGUCAAGUGUUUUGUGUAGAGAAAUGUAUGUAAUGUCUAUAUAUUCUGAUAGAAAAUAAUUAUGACAUGUAUUUUUCUUGCCAUACAUUAUUAUGCCAUGCAUAUUGCUAGCACUAACAGCAUGUAAUAUAUAUUUAUAGCUUAUGUAUCAUUAGUCAUGCUUAAAGAGGCAAUGGGCCAAUCACAGGAGAUUUGACCUAAAAAAUUUAUCAGUGAGCUUCAGAUAAUUACGUUCGAAAAAUUUAUCAGAGCUUCAGAUGAUUACAUUCAGUAAAUUUAUCAGAGCUUCAGAUGAUUACAUUCGAAAAAAUUUAUCAGAGCUUCACAUAAUUACAGUCUGAAAAAUUUAUCAGAGCUUCAAAUUUGAGUUAUUGACGAAAUCUCAUUGCCUCUAAAUAAAAUCGUUAUUAAAUUAUUUGUAUUGCUACUUAUUUAUACAUGUAUUUUAAAAGUCCCAUGAACUCACUCAUAAAAAUGAGGAGUGCAUUUUGUCCGAAUUUAAAUAACUUGGUACCACAGGUGCUUUUAAAAGUGAGUUUUCAUAUGUGUUAUUUGCCCCUGAAAUGGAUUAUCUCCCAUAUAUGAAUAUAAAGAUAAAAGACUUGAGGCAUAAUAUUAAAGUCAACUGUAUGUUAAUUUGAAAGAGGUUUUCCAUUUUACAAGCACCUGUGCUUACCAGUAAUUUAUAAUACCCCAAAUUUUCAUUCAUAUCAUUUUAAACAUGAAUUAAGAGGGAAGUACAGAUCUUUAAUUAACAAAAUAAGCUGGAAAUAGAAUUAUGUAUGAAAAUUGCAAAACUAUUAUUGAGUAAACAUUAGAUAACUACACCUCUUUACUGAGGUCAAAAUUAAAUAAGAUGAAUAUAUUAAUAUUAUUUACAUAAUUGGAAAUAGAUUUUGAGAUAUGUUAUAAAAUAUGAAUUAUAAAUCAAGAUGCCUGUGAACAAAACAUACAGAAACCAGAUUGGAUAUCAGUCGUACUUGGAGGAGAUCUCUAAUGACUAGUUAGUUAUGUGUAAUAGACAGUGCAACUCGGUAACACAAGCCUGGUUGGUGCAGAAAAGUCCCAUUUCAUUUGUAACAAACAACAGCACACAAUCCAAAAUGUCAAAAUUAGUGGCCAAGCCCUUCACAACAACAUACCAGUAAAUAAAACAAUUCAUGGAUUUUUGUAAGAAACCGAAUGUCAAAAUGAAUACAAUAAUUGAACAACAACCUUCCAUGUUACAUGUUCUGAAGAGAGAUUCUUCCUUUAUCUCAGUAUGUAAUAAACUUUCAGACAUGAAAUACGUUACAUUAUUAAUUUGGACUUAAUAAUAAUUUCAUUUGGUGCAUAAUAGUUUAUCGACAAUAGAAGAUUGGAAGGCAGAAAAUAAUUGCUCAUGUGAUAAAUUUGAUCUCAAUAAUUUGUGGAUGUGACUGAAAAAUAUAUUGGGAGUUUAUUACACACUGAUAUGAAGUAUAUGUACAAUAUGAUACUAGAUAUUUAACUUUGUGAUAGUUGUGGAAAUUGUGAUCUCUUUUUUCACUAGUUUUUCAAAUUUUACGCAGGGCUCUUGUUUCUAAAUAUUUACCGUCCUCAUUAGCCCAGUUGGUGAAGAACAGUAACAUGUAAAUUUAGAUUGAGAUAUUUUCUAAACUUUUCAUUUUAUUCCUAAUUAGGCAAUUUAGAAGAUUAAGAAGACUAAGAUUCAAUAUUGUUUGAUCACGUUCUGCUGUCUGAAUUGGGGAAGUUGUAUUUCUAAUUGGAACAAUAUUAAUUGUAUUAUAGCUCGACCACCUUGGUUUUUUUUUUAAAUCUCGGAUUAAAUAGUCCUUCUAUAGUUAUUUUUUUCGGACAUACUACAUAUUGUAUACAGAUUCGGUAUGAUUGUUAAAUAUGACAGGAACAAGAGCCCUGAUAAAUGUUGUUCUAGUUUAGAGAAGGUAUUUAUUGACAUAUAAUAUAAGCCAUAUUAUUAAGUGUAUAGAUAUAUUGUACUGUUUUAAGACCAUUGUGUGUUUUAUAUCCCUAGUUAUUUCCUGCACAUAGCUAGAUAGACACUGAUUAUCCACGAGAGAACAAAAUGAUAUUAAACAGUAUUUAUUUCUGUUAUAUAUUACCUAAAUAUUAUUUAUUCAAAUCAGAAAACCCUCCUGUUGCUCUGAUGGAAUUUUACAUAAUAUGUUGCUGGUAUCAUUGAUUAAAGAGCCAUUGUCAAUUACACUAAAUCGCGUGAAUUUUGACUUCAUAUUAAUACAAUUAAAAAGUUCACUAAAAAAAGUCUUGGUUUUGUUUUUAAUCCUAUGGAUUUUUUGUACUGGUAUUUGUAAAUUAUUCUGAUGAUUGGUCAAAUUAUUCUGAUGAUUGGUCAAUUUAUGUUCAUGACCAUUUAUGUAGUUUAAAGUAGUAAAUAAAUGUGUAGAAAAUAGAAGAAAAUGAAUUAAUGGAAUAGUUGCAAUGUUUCAGGGUGAUGGUAAUUAUUUUGGAGAUCAAAGUGUGCAAUAUUUGACUACAUUUAUAAUUGUCCUUUGAUGAUUCUUAUCUGAGUAUCAGAAGGGUUUUGUAAUCUGAUGUUCAUUUUAGAUUUCUAUUUAUUUAUAUUUUAAGAUGUGACAUCUUUAAUUUAUAAUAGUUAUAUAUCCUCACUAUAUUUCAGUUCGCUAUAAUACAGGUUCAGCAUGACUUUCAACUGAGCUAUGUGUAUGUAUAGAACAUGAAGAAGUGGUUACAAGCAUUAUCAGCUCAUUAACCAUUGCUACAUUUACUAUGAUAUAACAGUGGGAUCAUCAUCAGUGUUAAAGUGAAACUCAUGUAUUUAGAGACAAUAUAAUGCAUUAUGUGAUAUAACAUCUAUUAUUUUAAUUAUAUAAAUAAUUUAACAUGAUUAAUAAACAAUAUAUAUUAGCGGGUUGGGCAUUAAUGAUAUAUUUUCUUGACAGUGAUAAUCCUAAAUACAUAAACAUCAAUUGAAAAACAUAUCUAAACUAGUAGAAACAUAUCAAGACAAAAUUAUUUGACACAUUAGAAAUUGAAAUGCAGGUGCCAUUUUAAUAUGUUCAGCCAAUAGUAGAUGUUUGAGCACUUAUAAGUGUCAGUUUGCAGAAAUGAAAAUUUCAUAACGCAUUAUAUGCAGUGAAAUCAAUAUUUGCUUUAAACAUGAGGGACCAGUCCUUAAUCAGUGUAUUUGUUCGAGUUUUUUAAUGGUUAAAUACUGUUAUCAACAAAAAUUGAUUUUUGAAGUAAAAGUCUACUAUUUUAAGAUCAUAGACAACUGUAUCUUCGAUUUCAAUACAAAAUGUUUUCGCUAAAUGACUCGAAAAGAAACCAACAAUUAAAGAGACAUUAGAUGACUUGAUGAUCAAGAAUAUCUCAAUUAAUGAAAUAUGGGAAUGUCAUGAUCUAUUGCAGUGGACAGAAAGUGGGAUGCUAUCUAUCUUAAUUAUCUUUCUUGGGCCCUCCAAAAAGUAUUACCUGACAAUUCGAAAGUAAUUUAUUUCAUAGACCAAACUCCCUCCCCAGGGAAGUCCUGGCUGUGCUACUUAAUGUAGUCCUGAUCAUGCAAUAGGGUAGGGCUGCCGACUUUGUUCUGGCUAAUUUUUUAAUUUUUCAAGUGGAAGUGGUUCAUAUUGUAGAUUAAAAUAUGUAAAUUGGCAAACGUUUGUGAACUUGGAUUCUAUUGUCUCUUUAACAUUUAAAAUAAUGUCUUCAUUAUUUAAUGUAAACUAAGAACUAGUCAUUUGUAGGGUAAAUAAUCAUAAUAUCUUACAUAGAUUUAUGCACAAAUUUUCAUGUAUCUUAUUAUGCACACUAUCUUUUAUUCGUUACAUCAUAGGGAUUGUUUAUUGUUACAUGUACUUAGAUUAAUUCAAUACAAUUAAUUUAUGUUAAAUGUAUGGUUAUAAAAUGUUUAAAAACA